GUAGAAGAGGAGAAACAUAUCCAAGGAGGGGAGAGCAACUGCAGGCAAGAGGAAAAGGGGGCUUUCUGAUACAGAUAAGGUAUUCCAAUCCUAUUCCAUUUUUGGUUUCCUUUCCUUUAGGGAAACUACUGUAUCUGGUUAGCCUACUAUACCAAUCACACCACUCACUUUUCCCACUGCCUUAUAAGGCACUCUGUACAAUUUAAUUGCUUAGUUCUGGGAGGGCCUACACUACGGUCAAGAGCCUUAGCAUAACUCAGUUUGCCUGCUACACCCCUCACCCCUGGAACAUGUGUAAAAGUGCCCAUAGUUUUUCAGAUGAAAGGCACAUACUUGUGUUUUCUGUUGAGUUUUCUGUUGAGCUGUGGGGGACAUAACAGAAGCAUUCAUAUUGUGACCCCUGUCAGGUAAUACUUGGUAAGACCUGCAAAUUCUGCUAACACUCUGACCAUGAUUUUGACUAUGGAGCUAAGACAGCAGCAGUAGUUCUGUGGCUGGAGGAGCAGUGCAGUUGCAUUCCUAUGCUCCUGAACAGUUUUUCUGAAACACCACUUGCAACCCCAGCUCUACCUGCCCUCUUUCCUGAGCACCCCCUUACUUUAGCUAUUGCUUCACUUGCUGCUGAAUUUGUUGCUGGCAAUAACAGGUGAUGAUGGGAAUCUGUGGUGAGAGGUAAGGGAUGGCAGCAGCGGUGGCAGAAAGGAAGCUCAGCAGCCCUGAGUACAAAGCAGGGAGGGCUGGGAUGGUGGCAGGUGACUCAGUGGUGGCAGUAACAGUGACAAUGGUGGGAUAAGCAGCCAUCUUCAGACCCAGCUGCCUUAUACUUAAAGGUUGCCCAUCCCUGACCUAAACCACAUAAUAUUGUUUCCAUUCCAUUCUCAAGCUCUGUGCAAUCUUCAGCCUUAGUCCUGUGAAAGUAUUUUUGAGUAUAGGGGCAAGGAUGUACAGAGGCACAGUCAAUAGAUGGAUAUGUAUUUACUGGUUAUGCCUAGCCCCAAUAUAAAGCACUUGCACUGGUCACAUUUCUACUAAUUCUCAGCAGCCUGAGAGAAGGAGUCUCUGCCUCUGGCCCCUGCUCCCAGUCCCUAUUCAUGACCACUUUUAUGCGAGUUUUACACAAAAAAAAGAUUCACAGUUAGUGCUUUGGGCUGUUUGUCUCUGGGAUCACAUAUUAGAUCUAACCACACCUUAUUGCUGGUGUAGGGGAAGCUUGAUCCUGGGCCUUUGCUGAAAGAGACCACAAGGGCCACAUGGAGCCAGGACCAAGAGUCCCAGCAACUGACGGGACUCCUGGUUCUAGUUGUGUGAGGUGCAGCUGGGGCUGAGAGCCCCCUGUGGGCCAGGGGUUUCACCAGUUAAUUGUGUGACACCUGUAAUGCGUAGAGGGGGCCUAACUGCCACAGUGGUUAAUCACGUGGAGAAAUCUUUCCAGCUAGGAAUGAAUGAACCCACAAGCAAUCCCAAAAUACGCUGCAACAUUUCACAAGAUAAUAUUUGCAGUAUUGUUGCAGGGGAUUCUGGGGGUCAGGAAUGUUUUGCUUUUGCAAAGACCAGCUAGCUUCUCCCUGCCAAGAGUCAUAUUUGGCUCGAAACAAAAUAACCUAGCGUAGACCAGCAAACACACCACCACUGGGGUGGGCGGGGCCAGCUCUGUGGGCGGGGCCUCAGCUGCGCACCCCGGCCGCGACGCUACCGCUGCGCAUGCGCGCUGGGCCGGGAGGGCGGCCGGAAGCAUGGAGGUGGGCGCACGUGUGUCGGCGCUGUCUGUCUAUCGCUCCGCGGCCGGAGCGGGGCCGGGGCUGGAGCGGCGCGGGCUGCUGCUGUCCCCGCGGAGCCGCCGGGUGAGGAAGGGGCUGAAACAGAGGAGCCGGGGAGGAGCCGGGGGGAAGGCGGGCAGCAGGUCCGUACCCGCGUUGCAAGGCCAGGGGUCCGAGGUGAAGGAGACCCGCCCGGUUCCGGCGCCCCGCGCUGCAGCAGCAGCAGGAGGGAGCAGCCCCGAGUUGCAGGCCGUGCUGCGGGAGCUGGGCGAGGUGGCGCACAGCAGGCAGCGUGGAGCCCGGCUGUUCCAAUGGAUGCUGGCCCCGGUGCCCCCGCAGCACUUCUUGGAGCAGAGCUGGGAGAAGCAGCCCCUCCUGAUCCAGCGGCACCAGCCCAGCUACUACCAGGGGCUCUUCUCCACGGCAGAGCUGGAUGACAUCUUGCGAGGCGGCCGCGUGCACUUCGGGCUCCACCUGGACGUGACCAGCUAUGUGGCCGGAGUCCGGGAGACCCACAACCCUGUGGGCCGGGCACUGCCGGCUGCUGUGUGGGACUUCUAUCGCCGCGGCUGCUCCCUGCGGCUGCUAAACCCGCAGGCCUUCUCUGCCACCGUCUGGCACUUCCUCUCCAUCCUCCAGGAGCAGUUCGGGAGCAUGGUGGGUGCCAAUGUGUACCUGACGCCCCCUGGCACGCAGGGCUUCGCACCCCACUAUGACGACAUCGAAGCCUUUGUGCUCCAGUUGGAAGGGAAGAAGCACUGGCGUGUCUACGCCCCGCGCAGUGAGGCUGAGGUCUUGCCCCAGUUCUCAAGUCCCAACUUUGCUCAGACGGAAAUUGGGGAACCUGUUCUGGAGACCGUCCUUGAAGCUGGCGACCUGCUGUACUUUCCACGUGGGUUUAUCCAUCAAGGGGACUGCCUGCCUGAUGCACACUCACUCCACAUAACAGUAUCCUCCUACCAAAGGAACUCCUGGGGAGACCUACUUGAGAAACUCCUCCCAGCUGCCUUGCAGAUGGCCAUAGAGGAAGAUGUGGAGUACAGGCAAGGGCUCCCUUUAGACUACCUGGAAUACACAGGGGUCCAGAACUCAGACGUGGUUGAUUCUCGCCGACGUGCCUUUAUGGAAAAGGUGCAAAGUUUGAUGAAGAAGCUGGUGGAUUAUGCACCAAUCGAUGUGGCAGUGGAUCAGAAAGCUAAGUCGUUUCUUCAUGAUUGUCUUCCUCCAGUGCUAACUGAAAGUGAAAGGAUGCUGAGUGUACAUGGGCUUCCAGCCAGAUGGGAAGAUGGAGGUGCCCUUGAUGUUGAUAUACCAAUAAAAAAAGAGACUCAGGUACGGCUGCUCCAUCAUGGUGUCCUUAGAUUGUGUAAUGAUGAAAACGGCGUGGUGCUGUAUUACACAACAGAAAACUCAAGAGUGUACCACGAGGAGGAGCUCAAGUACUUGCAGAUAGAUCCUGAGUUCACAGACGGCAUCGAAUUUCUGCUUACUUCCUAUCCAAAGUAUGUCACUGUGGACGCCCUUCCAUGUAACUCUGUGGAUGAAAAGGUUUCCUUGGCCACAUUUUUGUUUGAGAAAGGCUUGUUGAUUACCAAGAAACCUCUAGUAUCUGUGUAGCUGUUUGUAUUAUGAGCAAAAUAAAUACAGAUUGAUUUGGAAAGAAAUAAAC